AUAUGUGAGUGAAAGGGGGAUUGAUGAGAAGGUGGGAGGGCUUUUGGUUGAAGGGACAGAUUGGAGGGGCAUCGGGGUCCCAGUGGCUCCAGUCGGUGUGUGUUUGUGUGUGUGGUUAUUGCUGCUGGUGGAAAUGACUGUCAGCAGGCGGUGCCUCUGAGAAAAAGGAGCAAGGGGGGCUGAUGUUUCCAAAGGGGGCCCAGUCUGUUACCAAAGGGAGGUGGAGAUUUGCUAUCCCACCCAGUCAAAGUGUCUCGCUGGUGCUCUGACACACACAGAUACACACACAGCCUCACAGACACACACACUUGAGCACGUACACUUAGACAUACUGCAAACUCUCCACAGGAAACUCUGAGCCAUAAUGCGAAGGCACCUCAGAGCAGACGGGUGCAUUGCUCAAACCAAGUGGGAUACGAUGCAGCUUUGAUAGUGCGUUAAUUACUCAUGUGAUGUGAUACAGAUGUCUGGGGGCUUCAGCUGAAAGUUUGCCUGACGGUUUCCAAGGGGGCCAGGCAGACAUUUUAGAAGCGUGACACAUUGUGACAAUCUGCGAUCAAAACUCUCCAUGAUGCUGACAAUGGCCAACCCAGCAGGGUUUCUGUUUGUCCUUAUGGUGACCGGGGGUUUGUGCCAAAUCCAUGAAGCUGAGGACCCUCUCACAGGCUUUGCGGUCCACGCCACUCUCCAUUCUCCAGACUUCUACAGCACUGUCAGUCCCAGCGCAGGACCCAGCGUUCCCUCUCAUGGAGGACUCGAUAACACUCAAGCUCUGAGAUCCAACUCCUCCAACGAAACUAGCAAAAAGCCCCCAAAGUGCCCCAUAAAUCCGUCCAUCAACAGCUAUUUCAAGUACAUCAACACCAUCAUCUCCAUUGCCGUUUUUGUGGUGGGAUUGGUCGGCAACGCCACCCUCCUGCGGAUUAUAUACCAGCAUAAGUGCAUGAGGAAUGGGCCCAAUGCUCUCAUCGCCAGCCUGGCCCUGGGCGACCUCAUCUACAUUUUCAUUGAUAUACCCAUCAACGUAUACAAGCUCCUGGCCUCACGUUUCCCGUUUGAUGACAGCCCUUUUGGCCUGUGCUUGUGCAAGUUGGUGCCGUUUCUGCAGAAGGCCUCUGUGGGCAUUACGGUCCUCAACCUGUGUGCCCUCAGUGUGGACAGGUACAGGGCUGUAGCAUCUUGGAGCAGAGUGCAGGGAGUCGGCAUCCCUCUGCUCACCGUCGUGGAGAUCGUGUCCAUUUGGGUUCUCUCCCUCAUCCUGGCGGUUCCUGAAGCCAUCGUUUUUGACAUGGUCAGCUUCAACUACACCAACACCCCCAUGCGCACCUGCAUGCUCAACCCAAAGACGAAGUUCAUGCAGGCCUAUACAAACGCAAAGGACUGGUGGCUUUUUGGCUUUUACUUUUGUGUUCCGCUGAUUUGCACGGCUGUCUUUUACACUCUGAUGACCUGUGAGAUGCUCAACCACAGGAAAGGCAGCCUCCGGAUCGCGCUCAGUGAGCACCUCAAGCAGAGGAGGGAGGUGGCGAAAGCGGUCUUCUGCCUGGUGCUCAUCUUUGCCCUCUGCUGGUUCCCACUUCACCUGAGCAGGAUUCUUAAGAAGAUGGUCUACCACCAGAAUGAUAAGAUGCGCUGUGAGCUGCUUAAUUUCUUGUUGAUCCUGGAUUACUUCGGCAUCAACCUGGCAACCAUCAACUCGUGCAUCAAUCCCAUUAUACUUUACUUUGUCAGCAAGAAGUUCAAAAACUGCUUUAAGUCGUGCUUGUGCUGCUGGUGUUAUUCUGAUAACCAACAGAGCAGCAUUGGAGCCGUCAAUGGCACCAGCAUCCAGUGCAAAAGCCCAGAACCCAACAACAUCAACACGGACCGCAGCUUCAGGAAGGACAGCAACUGACAGCUUGUUCAACGUCUUUCUGGAAACAUACAAGAACUUUAUUGUUUGUGCUCUCCAAGAAACUGCAAAUUGGCUACAUGCCCCUGUAAAAGCAAAAAAAAAAACAUUUGUGUUCCCACACCCACGAACAUUGACGUUGGGGCUAGAAAAAAGACACAGCAGGAUGGGGAGGAACGGUCUUUCAGGGGAUGCAGCUGAACUCUAUAAAUGACUUCCCUCCAGGAGGCAGACUGCUAUUCCUGUAAAGGGCAGCACCACCGGGAAGGAUACGAGGCUGGAUGACUGCUGUCAGAGGCUGACGACCCAGGGAAGCCGUUCCCACGGCUUACUUCACCACUCAUUAAUGAUGAACGCCGAAAUGAACGCUGAUGAUUCUUGUUGCAUGUCGCUUUCAUAAUCAGAGAUCUGCGGUUGUGAACAGUUUUCGUUUUCAUGAACCGAUUGUGGUGUGAAGUUCAGUUUGAACUCCAUUUUUUUUUCUGAUUUGUCAAGAAAACUCAGAAAAGUGUCCAUGAACACCAACCAAAAGAGACGGAUUCAUGAAAAUGUUAAAUUAAUUCAUAAUGAAAAGGGAAUUUUAAAAAAAAACUUUAGUUUAAUAUAAAAUCAACUGACCACUACACAUCUUCUUAUCCAAACUGAAGGAUAAAAGACGUGAAUAUGUUGAACCUGAAUAUAAAUCCAGAAACAGGCGGCAAGUCUUCAUAGCAUGUUUUCAUUGAAGACAAAAAAAAAAAAACUCUCCGUAAUAUUAACACAAAUUUUGUAUUUACAUUUAGUUUUUAUGCUAUCCCACUAAAAACAGUCAGGAACUGUGAACCACUUGUAUUAUCAGUCAUUGAGUCAUUUAAGCUUGUGAUAAUGUACCGAAUAUAUCUUUAAUAUUCACUUUUAUAAAGUGUUAUAUUUCCGCAAUAGUGUGUAACUCAAUCGUGUUACUUUUGUAAUGACACAGGUGGGAAAUGCUUCGAAAAACAUAAAAACUUCAAAUGAAAUUUGCAAAAAAUGUAAUUUUAUAUCAUUUUUUAACAACAAUGCAAUCUCAGUCUUUUGUUCUUUUCUAUAAAUAGGUCAAGGAUUGAUCAAACCUUUAAGCAAGAGCAGAACCAUUCAUUAUUGAUUUUAACUUACUUUAAUAGAUAUUUGUUUGAAAAAACAAGAUCUGACAGCAAAUGGGUCACAAGUGACAGUAGUUACAUUUUUGUUGACUGUCUGUAAGCUUUGGUCUCUGCUCAUAUUUUUUUUCCUUUUUGCAAAAAUUGUUGUGCCACAUUCAUUUACAAACUAAAUUGAGAAACAAUAUAGAGGAACUUGUCAAAAAGUGAUCAGAAUUGUUUUAGUUGAAAGCAGUUAGAUUUUUUUUAAAAAGAAAUCAUACUAGCCACCAUUUUUCAUGUGUUUUUGGUGUUUUAGCUUGUUCUUGUAGCAUUUUUCUCAUAAUAGAGGACAUUUAUGAAAAAAUAAUUAAAAUUGAAAGUGAGUUUCUGAGUAUUUCUUUAUUUAAAUUGUUGUGAAUCACAAAAUGGAGUUAAAAAAGUCUGUAGUUGAAGCUACAAUCGGCAGGCCACAAGAUUCCUGCUCCUCUUCAUUCCGAUGCAUCCACUUGCAGACAAAUAGAUCCAUUAAUGUCUUCAUUUUUCUCAUCUGAGCUGGUAUCUGGCUCAAAACUGCACGUCUGGAUAGCUCUAAUAUUGCAUUUUUGUUGCACCGCUAAUUCUAGCUUGUUAGAGCCUGUAAGCUAGUGCAAGAGAAAGUAAACAAAGGGAUCAUGGGAAACGAAAGAAGCCUCACUCUGCGCUAAUACUCCCACCCUCAACUCAGUGGUGAAUUUCUGAUUAACCUCCCUGGGUCUGCAGAUUUCGCCUAUUUAAUUGCCCAAAAAACAGAAUAACCAUAAUUAAAAGACCACUGGAAGCGCUUAUUGUAGUUUAAAAAAAUGAUCAAAGUGGAACUUUUGGAAGUUUUUAAGAAUUUUUUUCCCCAUGUAUAUAUAUAUAUAUAUAUAUAGACAUCAUGUUAAGCUAUAUGCAGCCUAAUUCUGUUUUUAUAUUUCUCAUGUGAAUAAACUUGUGAGAGUUU